AUGCCUCCAGCACAAAAUGCCAUUGAUAUGUUGGCUCAAUUAUUUCCUCAAAGAAAACGCGCAGUUUUGGAAUUAGUUUUAAAAAGAUGUGAUUCUGAUUUGGUUAAAGCUAUUGAAAAUAUUUCCUCAUCCUAUAAGGAUCAUAGAGAAGAUAUAGAAGUUGAUGUAGAGCCAUUAACGAACAGUGGAAAUAAUGUUAUGAAAAGUGCUUUUAAACCGGUUUAUAGUUCAGGAAUGGGGCAUUUGGCACCAGCUUUACCUCCUAACGCUAGUCUACCGCCUCUCGCUACACGUUGUACUUUGCCAAAUUGUACAUGUUUAGAGGGUUAUCAAUUUAAUUGUUCAUAA